AUGACAAGAAGAAUUAACAGCAAAAGAUUUCAACUCUUGGAAAAUGACUAUCAGUCAACCUUUGUGCAAGUAAGGGACGAAUGCAAUGCACUUCAAGACAUAACCAACCAUCAAGAGGGAUCAAAACCAGUCUACUCACAACUAUAUAUCUAUGACACAGACAAUGAAAUCACCAACCGCAUAUCAGCUGUGAGUCGACAUGAAAAAUCAUCCAGUAUUAGUCCUGAAAUUAUUGCCAUGAUCAAAGACUGUCUUGAUCAACAUAACCCCUAUCAAACUUAUAAUCUCCCGACCACAUCAGAAGUUGCAGCACUGAUUCUGGGUGAUUUUGACAUUUCAUAUGACAAGAGAGACAUUGUUGUUGAAAAGACUUGUGGCACACUUCAAAGAAUACAUGAGCUGCAUUACUGCUACCUUUCACUGCAAUAUCCAUUGCUCUUUCCUUUUAGUCAAGGUGGUUACAAUUCCAACGUCAAACACUAUCACAACUCAUCAACCAAUAGCUCAAAAUAUGCCAAGACAGUUACUAUACGUGAAUAUCUUGCAUAUCAAUUGAUGAGCAGAUCUCAAGAAGUUUCAGCAAUACUCCAUGUAAAACGACUCUGCCAACAAUUUGUUGUCGAUGGAUUCACAAUGAUGGAAUCACAAAGAAUUGAUUACAUCAAAAUGCAUCAACAAGAACUUCGAGUUGACUUGUAUCAAGGUUUAUCUGAUGCACUUUUUAGAGGAGAAAGAAAUGCUUCAGCAACUGGAAAGAGAGUCAUACUACCUUCUUCAUUUACAGAUCAACUAGAUAUCCUUUGUAGAGUUUUCAAGAUGAAACUUCAGUCAUUGCUACAAGUUAUAAAGCAGGAGAAAAUUUUUGGAAGAAUUAAAGCAGAAAUUUAUACUAUUGAAUUUCAAAAGAGAGGAUUGCCACAUGCACACAUCAUUCUUUUCCUAGAUCCAGCUGACAAGAUCAAAGAUGCUGAACAUGUUGAUGAGCUUAUUUCUACAGAAAUCCCAAACAAGAACACAUCUCCUCUUCUUUAUGAUUUAGUUGCAAGUUACAUGAUCCAUGGACCAUGUGGUCACAGCAAUCCAAGAUCACCUUGUAUGAAAGAAGGGAAGUGUAGCAAAUAUUUUCCAAAGAAAUUUGUUGAAGAAACUAUUCUUGAUGAUAACGGAUAUCCUACAUACAGGAGAAGGAAUGAUGGAAGAACAGUUGAAAGAAAAGGAACCCCUCUUGAUAGCCGCUAUGUUGUUCCAUAUAAUCCAAGACUCCUUGAACUUUUUACAGCUCAUAUAAAUGUUGAGAAAACAAACCAGUCAACAUCUAUUAAAUAUCUCUUCAAAUAUAUCAAUAAAGGAAAUGAUCGAGUCAUUGCAGGAAUAUACAACAAUAAUCAAUCAGCAAAUCCUCAUGGAAUCUUUGAUGAAAUUAAACACUACUAUGAUUUUAGAUAUAUUUCCUCAUGUGAAGCUGCUUGGAGAAUUUUUGCAUUUGACAUUCAUCAUCGAUAUCCAUCUGUUGAAAGAUUGAGCUUCCAUUUGCCAAAUCAGCAAACAGUAUUGUACAAAGGAGGUCAAACUGUGAAGAAAGUCCUGAAAAAGCCAAGAAUCAAAGAAUCACAAUUCUUAGCAUGGAUGGAAUGCAACAAAAUCAAUGAAGAUGCACUAGCUUUAACAUAUCUUGAAUUCCCACAUUACUAUGUCUUUGACAAAAAGAAGAAGAUCUGGACAGAAAGAAAGUGUGGAUUUGCAGUUGGACGGAUGACUCAUGCAUCUCCUUCUUCAGGAGAAUUCUACUAUCUUAGAGUCCUCUUAACUAAGGUCAAAGGCCCAAGAUCAUAUAAAGAGAUCAGAACAGUUGAAAAUAUUAUCUAUCUAACUUUCAAGUCUGCUUGUCAUGCUAUGGGAUUAUUAGAAGAUGACAUUGAAUAUAUUGAUGCAAUUAAAGAAGCUGCAAACUGGGCAUUAGGGCACUAUUUGAGAAAAUUCUUUGUCAGCAUGCUUUUAUGCCAUUGUCUCACUGAUCCAAAGAAUGUAUGGGAAAGAUCAGCUGAACUUUUAUUUGAUGACAUCUACUACACACCACAUAACAAUCAAGAACUAACAGGUUUGAUCUUCAUUCAAUCUUUCCUCAACAAUUAA